CAGACAGCGAUUUUCCGUAAAAAAUCGAUUCUUCAUAGCAAAGUGCUAAUCGGACAAGAAUAAUUCUACAUAUCUGGUUUGCUUAAUUUAAAGUGAAGUGCUAUCUCAGAAAAUCAAGAUGGAUUCGCGAGCCAUUGAAGAACGUGUUUCGAAGAAACUGAAUGGGGACGGCAAAAGGAGCACUAGAGGCUUAAAAACGCAAGAAAAAUGCAUUAUAGAAAUAAAGAAUGCCGACCUCCGCCAACGAGUAGCCACGAAGCAAUCAUUGGUGGACUGUUGGCGAAACAAAAACUAGAAUUAUGUUGGAUAUGUUUAACGAUGGACUACAAAAGCGGAUUAGUUAACUAUCUUGCAAUUUCGUAGAAUGAAUUAGCGAGUACAGCGAGCAGCGCCAAAUUAAAUAAAGAGUGAAUACCUGAAUCACCUUACACACUACCCCGUGCGUCUCGUUACCGUUCUUGUUUUUUUUUAAAUGUUGGUUGCCAUAUUCAUAAAUUCGAUGUGCAAUACAUAUAAAAAUACGAUUAACUGUGCUGUGUCAUAUCGCAAUUCAGUUUACACAAAUGGGGCGUUGACGAAGCAAUCUAACCUCGUGUUCAUGUUAAUGCGCUGGACAGAAAAAGAACAGUACCAAACGCUUUCCCAUCGUUGAAAUCAACCAAGAUAGCUUUGAUUUUCGGUAGCACAGUAAAUAGUAUUUUAGUUUUACCUUUCUUGUCCUUAGAGGUGGUUACGAAAUGGACAUUUUAUUAGACAAAUUUCUCAAUGAAACUCGUUAUUCGUAUCGAACGGUAUAUUACCCCACGGAUUUAAUGCUGUAUUUUGAAAAGCAUCAUAUGUUUGAAAUAAUUUUUGAUUUGAUGAUAAUGUUACAAAAAGAUCGCCCGCUCAAAACUGAACAAUACAUUGCGGAACAUAUUGUAGAAAUUGCGAAAAAGUACAAUCAAAUUAAUACGUUUCUUAGCCUUGAGGAUAACGAAAAAACCGAACGUUUGCUUCAAACAUUCCAACGCAACGAUCAAUACUAUCCCGUUAUCGCAUUACAAGAUUCGUUAGCAAGCACUUUUCUUCAAGUGCUUAACGAUAAACUACGACAUUUAAAGCUUCAAGAUAAACAUAUAAUUAUGAUUGGUGAUCGAAAAACACUAACCUUGGCAAAAAAGCACUUCCACUUCCACCAAACGCUGUACGUCAAAAAUGAAAAAUCGCUUCAAAAGACAUAUUCAUAUGUGACAGAGCGCAUUAAAUUACUCCAAAUUGAUCCCCAUCAUUCUGCUAUCACAUACGGCCAACGUAUUGUGUUGCUUGGGCGUCCUGGUUGUGGUAAACAUCGGGUUGGAAAAUGGUUGGCAGAAAAGUUGAAUAUUUGUUUAGUUUCUGUUACUGAUUUAGUAGCUCAACAUCAGCGUAAUUAUGACUGCUUCGGAAAGGCUCUCGAUUGCGGCUCACUGGGAAACGUACACACGUCCGAAUUAAUAACGUCCAUUGUGCAACAUCGACUCUUGCAACCAGACUGUAUUCAAAAUGGAUGGAUUUUACUUGAUUUCCCAAACACUGCUGACGACAUCACUAAAAUGUUCCAGACGAUGGCAGUUCCAAAAAUAGUGUUGGUGAUUGACGCCGAUGAAUCAGUAUGUCGGCGUAGAAAAUUGUCCCGCAGAAAAUCUGGCCAGGUGAAGGCUGAUUGUUGGCAAACAAUGAUGUUCGAAACAGAGUUACAUUUUUUCAAUAUUUCUCAUCCCCGAACACUUUUUGCGCUGCAGAAGCAACAGAGUUGCGCCGUGAUUCAUAUCGACGGAAACCGUUCAUAUUCGAACAUUCAGAACCUCAUUAUGGAUAAGUUAAUGAUAAAGAAAUCUUUGUGAGGGGGCUUUUUCGUUUGUAUGUGCUUGUAGCUUGUUUUCUGUUGCUAAUGAAGCGAUAUUAAAUUCAAAAUAUUUUAUGUUGCGUUAA